AUGCCUCGGAUCCCACGCGCACCACUGCCUAUGGUGCCACUUCCUGAACGAGCUGCCGGAGUGGUAGCAAAGCUCAUUCACAAGGUCAAACCUCUGAGGCUCGCGGCCGCGAAAUUGGCCCCUGCUUCAUCCACGGACUCCACAUCCUUUGGGCUUCAGUGUCUCAUGAGCCCGACAGCUCUUGGCCGGUGGAGAUAUUGCACGCAAGCGUUUGGGGAGGUCGAUCUGCUAGCGGGCGCGUGCGAUCGUCACGGCCGACCGCUGCUGGGCAUUCCGGACGAGGGCAAGGAGCCCGGUGCGCCACGGAGCCUUCCGCAUUGCAGCGCUCAGCUCAAGGCGCUGCUGUGCCGCGCGGCGCUGGAAAUGCACCGGCUCCUGCAGACCAGAGCAGGUGGGCGGCUGCAUGGAGACUGGUCUCACGAGCUGCUCCUGAACUUCUACACUUGCCAGGGCCUACCUCGGCUCUAUGAGCACAAGGACCUCUCUGCUCUCACUUUGCUGUUGAUCCCUGCUGCCGGUGGCAGUCGGCUGCUCGUCCGUCGGGAGGAUGAUGUCUUGGUGCCAUUGUCUGCUUCUUCUUGGCGCAGGAAGACGAGGUCGACCCAGCUAAGUGCCGAAGCGGGCCCCUCUGGCGCUCUCCUGGCGGGAACCCGCUUCGCCGAAGCGCUGCCAGCGGCGCGGACGUGGCGGCCGACACCACAUCUAGUAGAACGGGGUGUUGGGCCGCCCCCGCGGCAGCCGCGCUUGAGCUUAGCGUUUUUCUACUGCCGGGAGCGGACAGAGCUGCAAAAGAAACAGGUGGUUUUCUUCGACUUUAAGUAG